GUAUUGUGACGUAUGGUUUUUGCCGCGAAACUGAAGUUUGGAGGCGGGUUUUCAGUUAGAAGAAGUAGACACUGUACGUGUGUACGUGCACCUUAUUAUUAGAAAGUUUUCAUUUAGUAAAACUAGUGUCAAAUCAAAGCUACUGUAGCACCAUGUCCGGCUUUGACGACCCUGGUGUCUAUUACAGCGACAGCUUUGGAGGCGACCAGCAUACUGACGAAGGAGCUGUAAAAAAGACUCACUUGAAGAAGCGCUUCAAGGAGUUCCUUCGGCAGUAUCGUGUGGGGACGGACAGAACUGGAUUUACUUUCAAAUACAGAGAUGUGCUUAAACGCCAUUACACCUUGGGGGAAUACUGGAUUGAGGUGGAAAUUGAGGACCUGGCAAGCUUUGAUGAAGACCUUGCUGACUGCUUAUAUAAGCAACCAUCUGAGCACUUACCCCUGUUUGAAGAAGCUGCCAAAGAAGUGGCAGAUGAGGUCACUAAGCCUCGGCCUGCUGGAGAGGAAAUGCUUCAGGACAUUCAAGUCAUGUUAAGGUCUGAUGCCAACCCUGCAAGCAUUCGAAGUUUAAAGUCUGAGCAGAUGUCAAGGUUGGUAAAAAUCCCUGGUAUCAUCAUUGCUGCCACUGCAGUGCGAGCCAAGGCCACUAAAAUGGCCAUCCAGUGUCGGGGAUGUCGCAAUGUCAUUGGAAACAUUUCUGUUCGGCCUGGACUGGAGGGGUAUGCUUUGCCUCGCAAGUGUAACACGGAGCAGGCAGGCCGGCCAAAGUGUCCAGUUGAUCCAUACUUCAUUAUCCCAGACAAAUGUAAAUGUGUUGACUUCCAAACUCUGAAGUUACAAGAGUCUCCAGAUGCUGUUCCACAUGGUGAGAUGCCCCGACAUAUGCAGCUGUACUGUGACAGGUACCUGUGUGACCGUGUUGUCCCAGGUAACAGAGUUACCAUUAUGGGCAUAUACUCCAUUAAGAAGGCCAGCAAAACGUCUUCUAAAGGCCGUGAUAGAGUUGGAGUGGGCAUUCGUAACUCCUAUAUACGAGUUGUGGGCAUUCAAGUAGAUACUGAAGGUGCAGGCCGCAGUGCUGUAGGAGCAGUGUCCCCACAAGAGGAAGAAGAGAUCAGAGAACUUGCUAGUCGCCCUGACAUUUAUGAAACCAUUGCAAAGAGCAUUGCACCUUCUAUUUAUGGAAGUGUGGAUGUGAAGAAAGCAAUUGCCUGUUUGCUGUUUGGAGGGUCCCGAAAGAGGUUGCCAGAUGGUUUGACCAGGAGGGGAGAUGUGAAUCUUUUGAUGCUUGGUGACCCUGGUACAGCCAAGUCACAACUGCUGAAAUUUGUGGAACGUUGCUCUCCAAUUGGGGUGUACACCUCUGGAAAAGGCAGUAGUGCAGCUGGUCUCACUGCAUCUGUCAUGCGUGAUCCUGCCUCCAGAAACUUUGUAAUGGAAGGUGGGGCAAUGGUACUGGCAGAUGGAGGAGUUGUCUGUAUAGAUGAGUUUGACAAAAUGAGGGAAGAUGACAGAGUUGCCAUUCAUGAAGCAAUGGAACAACAGACCAUCUCAAUUGCUAAGGCUGGAAUAACCACCACAUUGAACUCUCGUUGCUCAGUUCUGGCAGCUGCCAACUCAGUUUUUGGGCGAUGGGAUGAUACAAAAGGCGAGGAGAAUAUUGAUUUUAUGCCUACCAUCCUGUCCAGAUUUGACAUGAUUUUUAUCAUUAAAGAUGAACACAAUGAGCAGAGAGAUAUGACCUUAGCAAAGCAUGUUAUGAAUGUCCAUUUGAGUGCCCACACUCAAAUGCAAACAACAGAGGGAGAAAUUGAACUCAAUAAAUUGAAGAAGUACAUCUCAUUUUGUCGUGCCAAAUGUGGCCCUCGUCUUUCUGCUGAAGCUGCAGAGAAGUUAAAGAAUCGCUACAUUUUGAUGAGAAGUGGUGCCCGUGACCAUGAACGAGAGAGUGACAAGCGUUGCCCAAUACCCAUUACAGUCAGACAGCUUGAAGCCAUUAUACGGAUAUCUGAAUCACUGGCAAAGAUGAAGCUGCAGCCUUUCGCUACAGAAAGUGAUGUUGACGAAGCUCUAAGGUUAUUCCAAGUGUCUACAUUGGAUGCAGCUCUGUCAGGCAGUUUAUCUGGAGUUGAGGGCUUCACCACUCAGGAGGACCAGGAGAUGCUGUCCCGCAUUGAGAAGCAACUGAAACGACGAUUUGCUAUUGGAUCCCAGGUGUCCGAACACAGCAUUGUACAGGACUUCAUCAAACAGAAAUAUGCGGAGCAUGCCAUCUAUAAAGUAUUGCACUUGAUGAUGCGUCGUGGAGAGAUACAGCAUCGAAUGCAGCGCAAGGUGUUGUAUCGGAUCAAGUAAAUAUUCAGAUGGAAGAAAGUUACUGCCUGAAAUAUACACGCUCAGUUGUACAGUAUGAUUUCAUGCUUUCAAUGUAAAGUGGUUUAUAUGGGGGUGUGGGGUUCAUCUACCAGUCCUCCACCCCAACCCCCAGUAACUGAAUUGUUCAUUUAGAUGCUGAGUUGAGUCCGUAUACAGUCUCCUGGGACAUUUUGCACUUUUUCAGCUGUGUCUUAGCUUCCAUUUUGAUUAUUCAACGUGAAUACUUGGAAAAUGAUAUAUUUGUAUUUUUUUUUUUU